CAGUGGCGCUGUUUGUUCCGCUGCCUAAAACAAACGUAGAAGAAGAAAAAGCAACGUGAAAGCCAUGCCGAAAUCUAAGAGGGAUAAGAAAGUCUCUUUAACAAAAACAGUUAAAAAGGGAUUGGAGGCGAAGCAGAAGCUGAUUGAGGAGCUGCGGAAAUGUGUCGACACGUACAGAUACAUCUUCAUCUUCUCGGUGGAAAACAUGAGGAACAGCAAACUGAAAGACGUCAGAACGGCAUGGAAACACAGCCGGUUCUUUUUCGGCAAGAACAAGGUGAUGAUGAUUGCGCUCGGUAAAGGACCGACAGAUGAAUACAGGGAUAAUUUGCACAAGGUGAGCAGGUUCCUCCGAGGGGAAGUGGGAGUUCUGUUCACCAACAAAACCAAAGAAGACGUACAAACGUAUUUCAGCAGCUUCAGAGAGACGGAUUACGCUCGAGCGGGGAACGUAGCGCAGAUGGCAGUGACGCUGGACGAGGGGCCGCUGGAACAGUUCUCUCACUCCAUGGAGCCUCAGCUCAGACAGUUAGGACUGCCUACAGCGCUUAAAAAAGGAAUCGUCACGUUACUGAAGGACUACGAAGUGUGUAAAGAGGGAGACACGCUCACUCCUGAACAAGCCCGGAUUCUGAAACUCUUGGGGAUGGAGAUGGCCGAGUUCACGUUGACCUUAAAGUGCAUGUGGAAUUCAGAGACUGGAGAUUGUGAGCUGUUAGCGGACGCCGACGAAGAGGCCAUGCAGACUAAAGAGGAUGAUGAUGAUGACGACGAUGAGAGUUAAUGAGAAGAAACAAUGGACUUCCACACGGACGUGUUGGUUUAAUCUGCAGAAGCAGGACACGUGUUUGUGUGAAUGUUUUCUUCAGUGUGUGUGUUUUAUAAUCCAGAUGUUUUACACCUCUGUUUAAUCCUGAAUAACUUCCUGCUGCUGUCGUGUGGGAUUAAAUGUUCAGUCGUUCAAACAAAAA